CAGAUCACUGAGUUCAGACAAAAAGAGGGGUUUUAGGGUCGAGGACGGCGGGCUGGGAGCGGAGGAGCGGGGCCGGGGCUCUCCCUGCGGGGGACGCUUCCUUCCCCAUCGCUGUAGCUCGCGGGCGCCGGGGGUCCUCACCUCGCAGUGCUGGGCGGGUGCUGCGCCUGCGGGGGCGGCUGCUUGCAGGUCUGCGGCGCACACUCCCCGCAUCAGACCCCACUCGCUGCCCUGUUUUCAGGGACGAUCCUAAUUGCCCGGAGUGCUUCGGACCACGAGUGGCCUUGCCUCCCCUUAGACUUUGUAGAGGUAGCGGCUACUUCUGUUUUCCCCCUCGGGCUCCUCGCCCCCGCUGCCUGCAGGGUGCCUGGCGGGCUAAUCAAGUUUGACCUUUUUUUUUUUCCCCCGUCAAAGUAUAUCACCUCCACCUCCGCCGGCUAGGCGGCCUCUCUCUGUCCUUUACGGCCUUGGGGAGUCUCGGACUGCCUCUCCGCGUGUGCCCAGCUGCGUGCAAAGCCGGGGACGCAGAAGCCGGGGGGGGGGGUGUUCCUCAGCUGCAGGUCUGCAGGGGGCGGGCAUCCCAGGCUCCUGCCACGCUGCUCUGGCCCCGAAUUUACCCUCGAAGUCCCGCCCGAGCCCCCUCCCUUUCGCAUCCCUGGAGCCGGGGUUGAACUGCCGCGAGAGGAAUGUGUUAAUUUUCUUACUGGGGGAAGUUGUCCUCGCCCGGAAUGGGCUGUUUUCCGGCGGGGAGCACGGGGUGCGCCUGGCUUUGUUUAUGAAUAGGUUGGACCGAAAGUGAGGGUCCCCGUUUCUAAAAUAGGGAACCUGUCACAAGUGCUAGAGCGCACCGGAAAGAGCAAAUUUUCCUUUUUUUUUUUCCUCCCUGGGGAAUCGUAAGGGGUGCGCAGAGUUGGGUUGGUGCCAUGGGUUGCAAGGAGGUACCAUUAGAUUUGGGGGGUUCUGUAGUGACUCAUCUGGAAAUACUUGCUCCCCUUGUCUCCUGAAAAGUAGGGGGAAUGAAGGUUUGGCAGCCGCACCCUACAAUGCUCCCCGGGACCCUGGGUGGUCUGAGAGUUGGGUCUUCCAGAUGGGAGUACCCAAAACGAGAUGCGGAUUAGGCCCUUGAUCUCGCCUUUCCUUGUGUCCCUUGCUGUUUGGAGCCCUUGGUUUUGUAGCGCGUCCCCCUCCCACCCCACCCCACUCCCCGCCGCGCGGGUUUGCCCAGGAAGCACUAGGGAAGGGGGCGUGUGAUCGCUGGCCCUCGCCCCCGCCCCGCCGGAGCCGCCCCAGGGCCGCGGGCAAACAGAGUCCCUUUCAAGUUUUCCGCUGGGGCCGCCUGGCGGGGGCUGCGAGCGCGGUCGCUGCGGACUUGUUUGGAGCGCGGUUUGAACGCCCAGCGCCACCUCAGUUGUCCCCAUCCAACGGGUUCGGGGUGUACGGUCCUAGGGGUGGACCAUUUAAGUGAGAUGGGUAGGGAGCGCCUAUUAGCCUAAGCUUGACCUGACCCUCUCCUGAAAGACUACGGUUCCUCAAGUUGUUGGUGGAAACCCUUCCCAUCUCCUUUUUGAGAGUAGUAAGAGGAGACUGUCCGUCCUCGUCUACUUCGACUGUAACUGCAUGGUGUUGAUUUAGCAGUUCCUUAGAUGAGAGUCAAGCUGGAGCUUGUUGUUGGGGGGGUAGCGGCGCGCUCUGCAGCUGUGGCCCCCCUCAGAACGGAAACUGCCCUCCUUAGGGAGGAGGGAGGGGUGACAGUUUGAAUUUUUUUUUUUGCCCCGGGGAGGGGUGGGAACAGCUGAGGGAGAUUGGCCUCUGGGUUACUAGUCAGUCCUGGUAGCCCUGUAGGUGCCUCCCCUUGCGUCCUGGUAGGAGCUGGAUUCUCUGGGGGAAGCCCCUAGCUAAGCUUGAGUCGUCCCCCCCCCCCAUCCCCCUUCCAAGUUGGAGCAGAGGGUCUUCUGAAGAAGCCUGGCCCUUGGCUGGCUGGCUUGUUAGUGCUUAUUUAUGUGUUGUGUUUGGGCUCGGUUUCCCCGGCUCAGCAGGUGACCCUGGCCUGGGCCUCCUAUCUCUCCUGUUGACUUACCGGAGGGCCAAUGGCCUCCCCUUUAUCACGUGAGGCCUGGAAUGUCCACCAGGCUGGGCUGAGCUGCGCUGCGCUGCGUGGGGGAAGGGGAGUGGGGAGGGCUCUCAAUCCAAGGCUCAAGCCCCUCACGCUUAGGUGUCCAAGGGCUUCCACCGUGACCCUUUAUUUUUUCCUUUCUGAUACCCAGUUAGUUGGCAAGUGUGAAAUUGAGGCCCAUUUGAGUGUGGGGGCAUGCAUGUCUCAGUAGGUUAAGUCCUACCUUCUUUAGGUCCCCACCUAGAUACUCAUGGGAGCAUGCAAUGCUUCUUCCCAGGAAGAGGGAGAGAGCUUUGGACUGAGUUAAAGCCAAUUGAGUUCCUAGGGUGCGUGGUGAGAUAGAAAAAAAUGGAGGAAUACACUUGGGACAGACCUGGUUCUGCUCUUAAUUCUGUGGGAUGCAGUAAUCAUUUAGUUGCAAGUAAUUCUCUAGCAUUUGCCUUCAGUGGUCUUGGAUGGGGCAGGUUAACCCACUGUCAUUUUAGGUAAUAAAUUUAUUCAGCCUCUGAUGGGUACUGAGCACCUCAACAUUCUGGAGUGCACAUUCUGCCUCCGAUCUGGAGGUGCAGGAGAGUGGAGGAUCUUCCAGCCCCUACCAUUGGUCUCAUUCUAGAGCUGUGUGUGUGUGUGUGUGUGUGUGUGUGUGUGUGUGUGUGUGUGUGUGUACACAUGUGGGAGUGUGAAGUGUCCUUGAGUAUAUUAAUAGUUAAACUCUCACUCAUAGCUGGAACUCACCAGACCACAAAAAAGCCUCCCCCGUUACUCACGCGCUACUGCCCAACAAGAAUAUCCCACUAAAGUUUUUUUCUGCAUUCUCUUACUUCCCUCUUGCUCUGUCCGCUCUCCUCAGGGCACAGCCCACCUUCCCAGGCUGCUGGCAGUGAGAAAGGACUGCCCAUUCAAAGAUCUUGAAAGCGCCGACCCUUCUUCUUCUGCCCCUAAAAUCCAGAGGCAGUUAUCAACUGGCAGAGAUGGGGUUGUGUGGCACUAUGUCUGAUCUAUGUGACAACCUGGAUGGUAGAUCUUUCUUCAAGUCUGUGUUUAGAAUGUGUGUGUCUGAAGAUGUGGAAGAGUAAGAUGUAUGAUUUAAUAUAAAUGGAUGGUUAUGUGUCUGCGUUGUAUACAUUACAUAUUCUAAUGUUAUAUAUACACCUCAUGCACUUAAGUCUGAAAUUGUAUGUCUGUAGGUCGGCCAUGUCCCUAUGUAAUAGAUACGGUAUGUUUCGAGUACUUGGAAUUUUGUAGAGUUUGUGGUUUGUAUGUGUUUGUUUUGAGAUAGGGUCUUACUGCGUAACCCUGGCUGACCUGGAACUUACUAUGUAAACCAGGUUAGUCUUGAACUCAAAAAAUACCUGCUUGCCUCUGCCUCCCAAAUUCUGGAAUUAAAGAUGUGCCCUACCUAACUCCUGGCUCCUAGCUUGUAUCCAUGUAUCUGAUAGAUAUGGAUAGGUGGGCGGGUAGACAGAUAGUGUCAGUCUACUCCUUCAGUGGUAUGUGUCUGGAUUGUAUCUGAGUAAACCUAAGAGUGGACAUUUUUAGGCUGGGUGGGCAGUUAGUUGUCAAUAGCUAGUGUCUUUGUGUUUCUUGUCUCUUUCUAUAAUCCGUUGGCCAUUCUGACUUUCUGAGUCCCUUGCUCCCUGCUUGUGAAGAAGCCCAGAGACUCAAAACCUUCUCCACUCAGCUGUAUUCCCCUCCCCCCAGCAGUAGUAACCAGGCAGUCUCCUGGUCUGCCUGCCUCUGGGAGUUUUGGAAGCUGUGGCGGGAGACAGGCUGGGGCCAGGGUGACAGCACACAUCCACAGCGAUGGCAGCCUGUGAUUAUAAGAAUAAAAGGAUUUUAAGGUCAUGGGUGUUAUUUUAUGUUUCUCCCCUGUGCUGGAGCCGGCGGCAGCAGAGGUCCACAGUAGUGUGUCUGCAGGUUGGUGUAUGCCCCUGUGCAGGUGAACAUCAGUGUGUGUGUGCUUUACCCUAGAGCAUAACCACAUAUGUACAUGCAUGAGCAGAACCUGUGCCAGUCCUUGGGCUUGCCCUGGAUUUUCCAGGGGGUGGGGGGUGAUUCCCAGUUAAACUUCCUGCUGUCGGGCAUCCCACAGAACUGAAACUCUUGACAGUCUUCUAAGGGAGAGUGGUCUAGCCUCAAGCCUUGCUUACUUAAUUUCCUUUCCUCUAGUUGAAUCCUUCAGGCUUCAAGAAUAGCUGAGCCCAGUCACCUGGACAAGGCCACAUCUUGGGGUGUCACUGCCUGCCCCUGGCCCAGCUCCAGCCUCUGUAAUUGCAUUCUGCGGCCUAAUCCCCCGCCAGCUCAAUUAGAUUGCAAAUUCUUCUUCAUUUCCUGCCUCUUGAUGCUGGCCUCCCUCUGGGUUUGCAGGGAUUGGGGGUGGUAGGCAAUCCCAACUUCCCUUCUACUAGCACUAGGGAAUUUGGGAGAGUGAUUAGUUCCUAGCCCUAGAGCUGAAGUCAGAACCCCUGGGGACUAGACAGGGUUCCACUAGCCCUUCAGAGCCAACUACAGAAUCCUUCUGUCCAGAAGCAGGGUCUCUUUUAGCUGGUACAGGCCUACCUGUGGAAUAGGCAGAUCCCUUUAGUCAGAUUCCUAGGCUGUACCUUGUCCCUGGCCUCAGUAGGCUGUGCCCCCUCCCACAGCAGCUACCACUUACCUAGCACAGCAGUUAGGAUUCACUAUGUGGCUCAGGCCAGCCCUUACACUGGCCCAGACCCUUCUAUCUUUGCCUUCCCAAGUACAGGGACAAAUGUGGCCAGUUCUUCAGCCAUCGCCUCCCUUUCCACCUUCUUCUGAUGUCUGGUCCCAGCCAUAAUACUUUUAGGGGCCCAUAGGCCCACCCAGGCUUUCUACUGGCUCCCCCUAAUAACCAUCCCUGGACUCAUCAGACCUGGUUGUGAGUCCUGACCACUACAUGGUUGACUGUAUGGCAUACUGACGGACAGAUUUUAUCUCUACCAACCUGUUUCCUUAUCUCUGAGAUGGGUCAAUAAGUGGCUCCUUCCUCAUGAGACCAGUUUUAGAUUGAAUACAAGGAUUGGGCAUGAGGAGAGGGCCUAGAUUCGUCCACUCAGCAAUCACAGAAGUUGACCCCUCUUUGGGGGGGGGUCGUUUGUUUGUUUGUUUUCUUAAGACAGGCUCUGUAGAGAUAGCCUCAGCUGCCCUGGAGUCACUAUGUAGAGAUAUGUAGACCAACCAGGCUGACCUCAAACUGGAGGAGAUCUGCCUGCCUCUGCUGGAAUUGAAGGCUUAGAAGUGGCAUUUAUAGUAUAGUAUUUAUAGUAUUAAGAACUAUUUUCAGUGAAUUGGGGUGGGGAGGACAACCUAUAUCUCUAAUAACCAGGGAUGUGACCUUCUGCCUUACUCUCACCACACUGGAGUUUAUCUUCCCCAUCUGCAAAGUGGACCGAUGGGACUGGCCUCAGGGCCCCCAAAGGCCUGUGGGAUGCUUAGCCCCAUGGGCUCCCACAUGGUAUUUGCUCUCUCCUUUCUUUCCUCACAUUAAGCCUGGUGUGGGUGGAACUACGCAGACACAGAGGGCAAGGGGCUGGCCAAGGUCAUGAGGUUGGUAAUGGGGCCAGGGAAUGGCCUGCUGGCUCAGCUGAGCUGUGAGGCACAGCCUUCCCUCCCCGCUGGUCACUGAAAAGUGGUAUGGUAGCUUGCUUGCCUGGUUGUUGUUGUUGUUGUUUCUCCUCCUCUUCCUCUUCCUCCUCCUUUCCUUUUUUUUUUCCCCUGGGAAGGGGAGUCCAUCCCCUCUUCUCCCAAGAGACACCCAUGACAGCCACUGAGCUGACAGUCCUCCUGGCUUUAAUACUGGGGUGACUGGAAGCUCUGGAAGGCUGGCUGGGCCCAGCUCAGCCUGAGGGGAGAGGGAACUAUAAAGUUCUUCCUAUUACCAGUCCCCGUGGCCCCUCCCGCCCUCUGCGUGUCCUCUGUUGGACAGACUGUGACAGAGGUGGGGGCUGCUUUCAGCCUCAGGCUCCCCUAUCGCUUACUGGCUAGUCUUCUGAAUUCUAUGACCUCUGUCACUCACUGGCCUGGGCUCUUUAAUAUUUCAUAGCCCUUCAAGUCGACCCCCUGCCCCAGCCCACAGGGCCCCCUUUGUCUGCCCUGCCCCCCAUCUUUGUCACUGAGUUACUGACCCAGAGGCUGUCUCUACCUUCUGGCACUGUGACCGCCCCUGUUGCCUUCCCUGUCUUUCUUGACCCUCCUACUCUACACCUCCACUGGCCACACGCACACCCCUCUGAUCUCUCCCUGGCAUCUCUGACUGUCUCAUCUGCUUUUCCUCCAUUUUCCUCUUUUGUUGGUCUCCCCUUCCCAGUGGAACAGAAACCGUGGCAACUGGUCUGCCUGCCUGUCCUUGCGCCCUCCGCCCCUUCCUGCCCCCUCCUCCGGCCGGCCGGUCUGGCUGGCUGGCUGGCUUGAGAGCUGGUUUUAUUUAUUUUUCUGUUUGUUUGGGAAGAGGGCAGUGGCAGCCCGAGGCCUGGCUGCUGCACUCGCUCCGCUUAGAGCAGUGGGCAGGCAGCCCUGAUGGCCUCCCAGGAAUGUGGCUGGGACGCCCAGAGCUGUAUUUACUCCCCUCCAGCUGCUGGGCUCAACAGGGCAGAGCCAGGCCUGCCCAGUGGCCCCUGGGGAGCCUUGGACUCACUCUGUCCUGUCUGGCAGACCCCACGUGGCUUUUGGGGGGACCAAUCCCUCCCUUGCCUCUGACCUCCUCCGACCUCCUCAGGCUCUCCCGGUCUGCCAGCAGGAAUACUUGUUUGCCAUGCUGGAAUAAGCCUACAGUGAGGGUACUGGGGGCCUGGUACCCAACAGCCACCCUAUCUCCCAUCGAGGGGCCUAACUAACCCUAGGCCUGUAAUCUCCUGGCCAGAACUAUGCAAAACAUCACUCGAGGCCUCUCUCAUUGGGUCUAGUGCCUGUGCUUGGCACAGUCCCCCAGCUCUGCCCAGAUGAUGGGCAGGGGUGCGUGAGGAAGGUACAGAACCAGAGUAGCUGGACCCCUCAGGGCCCUCACCCAGGCCCCAUGUGCACACAUCUCAGUGGUUCCAUACACACUUGAGCAGUGAGACCUGCUUAGUCACAAGCACUACUGGGUUGUACUUCCUGUCAGUAACUCCCUCAUUCAUCAGAUGCUUACAAGGGUUUUGAGCCUGCUCGCUGCCAGCCUUGCAAAUGGGUUGUGGCAGUGGCUUCAUUGUGUACCCCAGUGCCUGGCACCAUGUAAGUGUUUGAAAGGUUUUAGCUAUUGUCAUCAGACCCUGCCCCCAAACAGAUAUGAUAAAACCUAGCCCACCCUAAGCCCCUGAGUGAUGCUACUGUGUUAGCAUCCUCCUGGCCUUUCUUUGCUGUUAAUCCCACUGUAGACUUGGGAGUUGGGUGUUGUUUGUACCUAACUGUAUACAAGUGAGGGAAGUUAGAGUCUGUGACUUGACACUGACAACUGAGUUGUAUGCCAGGCCAUGAGGACCCUAAGGACCCUCGAGUUGGUCAGCGUGUGAUAGUUUUUUCUGCACCUUCCACUCUGCCUGAAUGUUUACCAAACAUGAGCCUGCAGUCCUCUCCACCACCCUGACUCCAUCAGCCCAGCAGGGAAAAAGGCUGGUUGAAGAGUUGGGUAAAUGAAUGAAUGAACUGGCAGUGGGAGUGGACUUUCCCAAUGUACACUGGGGUGCAGGGGUCGGGGUGGGGGUGUAGAUGGGCGGUUAUGUGGCUCGGUGAAGCAUUGUGGGAAGUGAAGUGCUGAGUGGCCAGGACUGAAAGAUGUGACCAAAGACCAACAACCUGCUGGGCGGAAACCGGUGUGCAAGUCACAGCUUUUCCUUGGACCUCAGUGUUUCUGUCUGUCAAUUGGACUCCAAUUUGGAGUUUUUUUGGCUGGCUACCAGCUGGCCUAGACUGGGGCCAGCCUGGGAGGUGAAGGGACUGUGGUGGGAAGCAGGAAGCAGUGGGUGGUGAAGACAGGAAGAUAAAGCCAAGAGCUUGGCUUGGAACCUGAGAAGCAGGGAGACCAGUACUGACCUGAUGUGGGCUUGGCCCUCCCUUUGGGGGCGAGCACAGGCUCACAACCCCCAGCUACGAACUCUAGGCCCAGCAUAAACUCAUUUCCUGACAUCUGUGCAGUGAGUGGCCCUGUGCGCCAGGAGGAGGUGGCCUGUCCCUUGGGGUUACACUGGUUCCUCCCCCAGCCCAUAGGGCACCCCAGCUUUGUCAUCUCCUGAUGACCCAGCCCCUCUCCUGCCUAGCCCUCUUCCUUAAGGCUUCGUGGGAGAUUGGUAGGAGAUGGAGGUGGGUUGGGCACAGCAGGCCCUUCCCAGAGCUGAAGGACUCUGGCAGUCUAGGAUUUUAGUGACAGGAGUCUAGGAUUAUAGACUGUUCGCAGUGAAAAGCUGUUUUAAGUUGGGGCUCUUGUCGUGUUGGGGUUCUAGAGUCACCAACGAGUAGGUUUUCCCGUGGGAAGGAGGCACGAACGGUCAUGCUCUGAACACUGGAGCGUGGGGCUGGCAUUGGGGGCUUUCCUGAGGUUGCUGAGCCGGGAGACCUCAAGGGACACGAACCUGUCCCAGGGACUGAAAGGCCAGUUCCACAUGUAGCGGGUGGGCCCUGGGCCCAGUCAGGCAGCAAGGGGCUGUGGCUGGCCUGCAGACACAGGAGGGGCCCUCCCUGUGGCAGCCUGCCGCCUGCUGCCCACGCUUGCUUCCCGAGGCACCAGUGUGAGGAGGAAACUCAGGCUGUUGCUUCCAGCGACAGCAGGCAGGGCCGGGCGGCUUCCCAGCUCCCCCUCUGACUCAUGGCUGCCUGCAGCUCCCCUCCCCUGGGGUCCUCAGCAACCCCAUCUGUGCAAUGGGGAGAGGAGGCUUUGUCCCACAGUAUGUGGUUCACUGCCACGGUGAGGCCAGGAAUCUUCCCAGGACCAUGUUAAGCUGUGGGAAGUGACAGAAUGGUCCAGAAGAGCCUGGGACACUGGCCUCCAGCCACUGAGGUCUCUCCUCUGUUCUCCCCGUUAGUUUGGGAAAGGUAUGGCUGGAUUCCUGAGCGAAAGAUGUAGGUUUAUGGAGUAGAUAAGAAAGAAAACUGAUCGGUUUCACAGUAAGAUAGGUUAGGAAGCCUGCCCCUCCCCUUCAAGGGACUCCUUCAUGGCUUCAGUAUGCCCAUCUGUGAAAUGGAUCAUUUUAUCCCACAAGUCAAUGUCUACAACUAGGUCCAGUCAAGUGGCACAUCUCCCAGGGAGAGGGGAGUCCUUGGCUGCAGGAAUGGGGUAGGGGAAUCUGAUUGGGUCACAGGGGUAAUUCCUAGGCAGUGGCCGAAGGAAAAUCCCAGCUGCCGUCCUAGAAGACUUGACAAGCUGGACAGGAAGCAGCAGUGAGCAGACUUGCGUCCCGGUUCCCCCCCACCCCCCAGGCCUACAUGGAGUCAUCCUGAGCCUGGCAGCUGGGUGGGUGUGCCCCUCACGGCAGGAGAGCUGGAACGCACCCCCCCAUGCUCUGUAAAGGGGGGCUAUGACUGCCAAGAGGGGUUGGGCCCUCAUCCAGAUUUCAGAGCCUUCUGAUGCCCUCAGCUAUGUCCUGAGGUAUUACUACCUGUGGGGGGGGGGUAGCGGGGUGGCACGGAGUGGCAGGUGUGGUUUCAUUUGUCCAGGAGAAUGGGAAACCCCUGGAAUGGCCUCCUAAGAGGGUGAGAGAUCAGAAGGGAUGUAGGCAGCUGCCACCCAGACAGACUGGCUUGCUCACAGUACCCUCCCCUGUCCCCCACGCUCAGGACCAGGAACUGGGGAUAGCGUUGUGUGAAUUGAGACUGGUCUCUCCGGUCCUCUCUUCCCCGCCCCAACUGUCCACCAGGCUCUGGGCUCUGGUCCCUUCGCAUCCCUGGCUGCGUCUGCAGAACCCCCUGGGAAGAUGGGAGGAGGCACAGCAAGCGGGCGCAGAACAGCGGGCGCCUGCUCAGCCAAGUGUUUUGCACGAGCUGUCAGAGACAGACAGACCCAGAGAGGCGUUCACUGGCCCAAGGUGACACAGACCAUCCAUCCUUCCCUCUAUACCCGUGUGGAGCCAGUAUGAAGAGAGUAAAGACGAUUCCACGUGGACACCUGAUCAUGCGCCUACCCUGAGUGAGGCCCUCCAGGCAUCUGUAUUGUGGGCAGCCGGGCUACACGCUCAACUCUGAGCCCCCAGCAGCAGUUUGCAGGCUCUCCCAGCAGCGGGGUCUGGGCCUCGGCCCCACCAUGUCGAGCCUCGGCGGUGGCUCCCAGGACGCCGGUGGCAGUAGCAGCAGCAGUAACACCAGUAGCAGCAGUGGCAGUGGCCAAAAGGCAGGAGGAACAGACAAAAGUGCCACGGUGGCUGCCACGGCACCGGCCUCCGUGGCAGACGAUGCCCCGCCCCCUGAGCGUCGGAACAAGAGUGGAAUCAUCAGUGAACCCCUCAACAAGAGCCUGCGUCGCUCCCGCCCACUCUCUCACUACUCCUCCUUUGGUAGCAGUGGUGGCGCCGGAAGCAUGAUGGGAGGGGAGUCUGCUGACAAGGCUGCCGCAGCCGCAGCCUCCCUAUUGGCCAACGGUCAUGACCUGGCUGCGGCCAUGGCGGUGGACAAAAGCAACCCUACCUCAAAGCACAAAAGUGGUGCUGUGGCCAGCCUGCUAAGCAAGGCAGAGCGGGCCACAGAGCUGGCAGCCGAGGGACAGCUGACACUGCAGCAGUUCGCACAGUCCACGGAGAUGCUAAAGCGAGUGGUGCAGGAACACCUGCCACUGAUGAGCGAGGCGGGUGCCGGCCUGCCCGACAUGGAGGCUGUGGCCGGCGCCGAAGCCCUCAAUGGCCAGUCCGACUUCCCUUACCUGGGCGCUUUCCCCAUCAAUCCAGGCCUCUUCAUCAUGACCCCAGCCGGUGUGUUCCUGGCUGAGAGUGCGCUGCACAUGGCUGGCCUGGCCGAGUACCCCAUGCAGGGAGAGCUGGCUUCUGCCAUCAGCUCGGGCAAGAAGAAGCGGAAACGCUGCGGCAUGUGUGCGCCCUGCCGGCGGCGCAUCAACUGCGAGCAGUGCAGCAGUUGUAGGAACCGAAAGACUGGCCAUCAGAUUUGCAAAUUCAGAAAGUGUGAAGAACUCAAAAAGAAGCCUUCCGCUGCUCUGGAGGUAACAGCACCGUAGAGGGAGGUGUGCGGGCUCUCCCAUCUGUCUGGCGGUCCAUACCUACCCCUGAGUCCUGGAGCCCACCUUUCCUGCCUGCAAGUGUGGGGGAUACCCAGCCCCUAGGGCCUGGAGGUCUGGCUGCAAGAUACCUGUUCACUGCCCUAAAAGUCAGAGCCACAUCCUGAGAUGCCAGCAAGCCAUGGUUUGCAGGUAGGGGCCUGGCGUUCCCAGUGAGGCCCUGGGACUCUGAUGCCCCUCCUAGGGCCUGUGUCAGAUAUCUCCACAUAGGUACCAAGUUUCUAUCUCCUAGACAUGUCCUAAAGCAUCUAGUCUGUAACCUAAGACUGGUUUUGUCCCUAGCCCCAUCUGAGGGGUUUUAUCUAUGGACCCUGUGGCCUUGAGAAGAGUCAUGUGUUGUUAAACUCCCAACCCCACCCUGCCCCCACCCCCAACCAAAGCUCCCCAAGAUAGAGCAGAGCAGUCUCGGUGCUGGCUGCCCUGCCUGCAGGUGGGAAGAGGCAGCUCAUUCAUAACUGAGCUCGGUAUACCUGCAGGGAUAGCCUGCCCUUGUAGCAAGCAGAGCCUGGCUCUGUGUCCCAGCUGGGAUAAACUAGCUGAGUUCACAAGCAGCUUUGCAAGUUGCCAUUCCUGCCCACCAGUCUCCACUCCUCUUGCAAGUAGGCCUGACUCCAUAAUGGUUGGAACGGCAUCCUAGUCAAGGCCUUUUGGCCACCUUUCUGACCGCAGCCUCUCGUGUGUCUUGCUUACCUACCAGCACACCAGGGCACCCACUCCAGUGCGGACACCCAUGUGGACACCCGCCCUGUAGGCAUCCCCUCAUCAUAGACUUGGCUGCUUUCCCGUCACAUGCACAGAGCAGUGCUCACACUCACUUGGCAGACUGCAGCUGUGGCCCCAGGUAGACUACAGCCACCUGGUGCUAGGUGCCUUUGGGCACCUGAGUGGCUCAGGAGGCCUCUGGGUGCUCUGGGCCUUUGGGUAGCCCAGCGGGUCAUGGCUUCUUCUUUGGCCAACCUGGCCUGGCCAAGAUGACAGGAACUCAUCCGGGUAACUGGCCAUUCGUUCUCCAUGCCCGUUCCUCCGUCAUUGAGCCGGCCACGGGGAGCAUCUUGCACCAGGCCCACCGGGACCCUGACUGAACUCUCUCCUUGUUUUUGUCUCCCGCCCCACCAGAAGGUGAUGCUUCCGUCGGGAGCUGCCUUCCGGUGGUUUCAGUGAUUUCAGUGACGGCCGGGAACCCAAAGCUGCCCUCUCCGUGCAAUGUCACAGCCCGCGUGGUCUCCGGCAAGGGAUUCGGGCGAAGACAAACGGAUGCACCCGUCUUUAGAACCAAAAAUAUUCUCUCACAGAUUUCAUUCCUGUUUUUAUAUAUAUAUAUUUUUUGUUGUCGUUUUAACAUCUCCACGUCCCUAGUAUAAAAAGAAAAAGAAAAAAAAUUUAACUGCUUUUUCAGAAGAACAUCAACAAACAACAAGAGAGGUAAAGACGAAUCUAUAAAGUACCGAGACUUCCUGGGCAAAGAAUGGACAAUCAGUCUCCUUCCUGUGUCAAUGUCAAUGUUGUCUGUGCGGGAGAUGCUGUUUUUGUGUAGAGAAUGUAAAUUUUCUGUAACCUUUUGCAAUCUAGUUACUAAUAAGCACUACUGUAAUUUAGCACAGUUUUAACUCCACUCUGAUUUUAACUUCCUUUGAUUCUUUCCAACCAUGAAAUAGUGCAUAGUUUGCCUGGAGAAUCCACUCACGUUUAUAAAGGAAAUGUUGAUCGCACCGUGUAGAAGCCCCCUCUGUAUCCGUUCACGUGUGCAGAGCGGCCAGAGCCCACUGGGACUGGGAGUUCCUGACCCAGGCCCGACCAUGUCGCACCCAUCGUCCCCUGACUGGGACGCCCCCGCCCCAACAGUGACGGAUUUUUGGAGAGAUGAAAAUUCUAUUCAUUUGUUGAUCCGCUGAGAUCUGGGGAGCCCACAUCUCAGUAUUUCUGAUCCUGGCUACUUCCCCUAGAAAAAAUGAGCCCUCUUUUUCCAGCCUUGCUCACAGCAGCAGAAGAAAGGGCUUCUUUUCGUGGUCCCCUGCUGGUAGGGGUGGGUGCCCAGGGGCCCCCUGCCCGUGGCCAGCUCCCUGCUGAGGAACAUGCUGUUUGUAUUGUUUUAGGAGACCAGGCUGUUUUGUGAAUAAAACUGAAUGCAUGUUUGUGUCAUGAUAA